ACUUUACUUAGAAUUGGUCAAACUUUCUUUAUUACGCGCAAGACGCCCGCAUUGGGCUUGUAAGUAGAGAAACGACGAUCGAGAGCAAUCGAAAUUAUAAAACAUGAUUUAUUCCAACUCCUCAUUGCUAACCACGUGACUCGGAUGCGGUGAUUCAACCGCGCAGAAGUGCUUCGCACCGAGCUGUCUUUAUUACUAUAGUAGCUGUCGUUGGUGGAAUGUACGGAGCAAGUGUUAAUCAUUUUUCGUGUACGUGCUCGACGCUUCAUCGAGAUACCCGAAAUGAAGGACCAUCGUCGAGUCUUGCGAAGGGAUCGAAGCAUGUGGCGCAGCUUCUAUGUUCCUGGAUCGUACGGUUAAAGGAUAGCGCCGAGGCGGAGAAAUACGCAAUCUUGAUGGAGGAAAAACCGAUCCCGAAACCCAGAUCGACGGUGCCCGAUCGACCGGUGCCUACUCCUAGGAGAUUACCACCGGUCCUUCCGGCAGCUCGGCUGAGCAGUCACAGCGACUCGAGCCAAUCGGAGAAAAGCGACGACUCGAAAUCGACACCGGAGACGCGCGCCGCGAACAACGAAUUUUUCCGAAAUCUGACCACCAGCUCGCGCCAAUUGAAAGACGAGAUUUCGGAGAAGGUGACGACGAAGGGCCGCGCGGUCAUUUCGAGCACGAGAAACGCCAGCAUAAGGCUGGAAAAAUCGGUGAAGAACCUUCUGACCAGACGAUUGACCUCCUUGAACCAAGACGAGCACUUUCGAGACAGCACGACCGGUACGAAGGCGUUCAAGGACCCAACCGAGGACGAACGAUGCGUCUCGAUGCCCGCCGACGAUAUUUUCAGCGGUAUCACGUUCUACAGUCCCUUGAACAGCAAUCUGAGGAGCGUCAGAAACGAGGAAGACCUUUCCGGGACGCGACACAGUCCACCGCCUCCGGUUUAUCCUCCUCCUCCGCAUCCUGACGUGUAUAUCUACGACGAGCUGCAGUCCGUCGUUACGUCGGGCAGCAGUCGCUACGACACUAUCAGCUCGACCGUCUCCGACAAAGUCGAGAGGGACUUUCCGGAUUCCUUCAAUCUCCUCAGUUUCGCCCUCAAUCAGGCUAGCGACUCCGAUCAGAGUUUAAACCUGUCCGACGUUAACGUGACCCUGCCACACGACAAGACCGACACCAGGAGGUUGUCCAGGUCCGAUUCUUGGACGUUUUAUGACACCGCGGCAGCUGGCAGGUCCGAAGGGCUCGACGAGCUGGACAGGAUAUCCAGCGCAGAGGAGGACGUCCUGGACAAGGAGGUGCCCGUUAAGGACAGGACGUCCUCCGCCUCGAGCGAGAGUCAAGCUUCCAUUCAAAAUUCAUUGUACGAGAAUUUAUCGCCACAAAAAACGCAGCCAGAGGACAAACAGUCCUCCAGUGUGGAGACGAGACAGUUGAACAGCAAGUCGUUGCUUUUCGAAUUCGAUCCGUUCGCGCGCCACUCCGACGAGAAUGUUUACAGUAAUUUCGAGAACAACGAUAUGAUGCUACUGGAGACACUGCUGGCUACCAACGAUUCGGCCAGCAGCGGCGGAAGCAUUCUCGAUUUCCAGGAAGCCGUCGACAACGAGGAAGAGCAGGACGAAGUGGACGAGGAAGAUAUUCUGCAUCCGCAAAUUUCCACGGAGCCACCGGAACCACCGAAGAGAUUCGAUUCUUUGCCGAAAAGCGAGUACGACGAGGUCGCGGGAACCACGUCGUUUCCGGACCGGACAUCGAUACGGAAAAAUCCGGCGUUGUUGCCCAAAUUGGCUCACCUGGUGACGCGAAAGCAACCUGCUGUGCCACCUAGGAAAUCGACGGGGAAAAGUCGCUCCAACGAUCCGCUGCCACCUACUCCGAGCAAUGUCACCGCGACCACCGAUGGAAAUCCACCUGUCGCAGCAACGACGACCGGGUCGACGAAGAAUUCCGAAGAGACGAUGACCAGUCCCUCGAAAGGGAAGGCUGCGGAGGAACAUCGACGCGUGGGCAUGAUACAGAAACUGAGGAAACUGAGGCACGAUUCCGCGAGCCACGGUAUCAGGCCGAACAUGAUCAGUUUCGUGAAGAGCGGCAGUAAAUUGUUGUCUAGGAAUCGCGACCACGGCGGAGUGUCGAGCUCCAAGUCGACGAAACUGGAGAGGCCGAAGGUGAACACACCGCAGAAUCCUGCGACGCACAGAGGAAUCGUUUACAGAACGGGCGCGGGCAUCGAGAGGGCGAAGGAUCUCGUGCCGAGGGUGACGGUAUUGGCCGACCAGAAACUCUCGUUUUACGCCGAUAAGGGCAUGUCUACUCUGAAGGAGGUCGUUCAACUCGAUACAGUGUACAGCAUUCAUCUUCUGCAGGAUGUAAAGAUUGUCGAUGGCGAAAUGGUACAUUGUAUAACGAUUAGCGUGGACGGAAGGCCAAGCAUUCACGUGUUCUACGCGAAGGGUAUCGCCGAACGAAGGGUUUGGGCUCAAAGAAUAUUGGAGGCGGUUACUCCAGUCUUUCCCACGAAAUAUAUAGCUGAUCUGACGAGAGCAGGAUGGGCCUACUUAAAGGAAGGUGUAACAGGCACGUGGUUUCCAGCUUGGGUUCUCCUGCACCAAAGGACUCUAAUCUAUACAAAAUCUCUGGAUCCCUUCAUGGCCAUCACCUUUGGAGAACUCGACCUUCGAAAAGCACGCUGCAUCGUUUUACGAGAACAGGAAGGACCGAAUUCCGGUGCUGGUUCCGUUUCAGUGGUGGUCGUGGACACAGGUGGCAGCGGAGCAUUGCACAUGACCGCCCCAGGUAUUCACGAAGGAUCUGCAUGGAGGCACGCGCUUUACCAAGCAGCCACCACCUGCGGACCUGCUUUGGAACAGCAGCAACUCACGCAAGACGACGUACCUGUGUUUCUGCACAAAUGUAUCAACUUUAUAUAUGCCCAUGGUAUAAUGACGGAGGGAAUUUAUCGUCGAAGUGGUUCCAACAGCGCCGUUGUACGAUUGCUGCAGGCUUUUCGUCGGGACGCAUGGGCGACGCAAAUUACGAGAGGCGUGUAUACAGAGCACGACGUCGCCACCGUUCUCAGAAGGUUUCUACGUGAUUUACCGAAUCCAUUGUUUCCUGCCAACAUCCACGAUCGGCUUUGUCUUACCUCGGACAAUAUCAACGAGAACGACAAAGUCGCGACGUAUAGGAAGCUAUUAUCUUCGUUGAGUCUUGUGCCAGCGGCGACGCUCAGAAGGAUUCUCGCUCACCUUCACUGUCUGAGUCAGCAGAGUUCCAGGAACUUGAUGACCGUCGAAAAUUUAUCUGCUAUUUGGGGACCAACAUUGAUGCACGCCGGCGAGAACAGCGCGGAGGAAUGGAACAGAGCCGAGACCAGAGUGGUCGGUGACCUGAUAAGGCUCUAUCCGCAGCUCUACCAACUGACCGCCGCCGAGAUGGCAAAGGAGGCAAAAAUUUUAGAAGUUCUCGAGAAGCAUCACGUAUCGAACAAUGGUCCACGAGGAGCGCCAUCGGGGGACCUGAAAAUGUGGAUAUACAUUUCCUCGAAGGAUGGAGAAUGCGUCAAUGUGACUAUUGGGCCACAGAAGACUGCGUUCGAUAUUUGUCAAGAACUCGCCGAGAAAACAAAUUUGCCGGCGCAUGAAUUGUGUUUGGAGGAGUGUACGUUGUCUGGUGCACUGGAACGACCGUUGCAUCACGGCGAGCGUGUCCUCGAGACAGUGGCAAGGUGGGGAUACUGGGAUCCCGAGGAUAGGAAGGACAACGUCCUCAUUCUUAAAAGAGAUAGACUGUACAAGGAUAUAGUGCCACUGAUAAAACCACCAUUGACACCAUCCGGUGAACUUAAAUUUGCAGACAGAAAGACGAAACAUUUUAAAAGCUACCUCUUCGAAUUUAGUCAAACGAAGCUUUGCUGCUACAAAGAUAAAGUCUGUUCUAAUAAAUUAUACGAAUGGAAAGUAGAGGAUAUCAUUUGGUAUCUAGGACACGAGCCAAAGCGAAAUCCACAGACUGGGUGGUCUAUUACGUUUAUACCAAGAAAUAAAAAACCAACGAGAUGUAAAGAAAGUCCAUUUUUUGGAAACACGUUAGCGGGAACAUUAAAGGACGAGCAAUACAAAUGGUUAGCAGCUAUGAUCUUCGGAGAAUAUCAACAAAAUCUCCGUCCUUCUGCAAUCAAUCUCAUGGAUCCAUAAAUGAUCAACGUAUUUUUCUAAGUUAUAUUAGCGAGUUCAAAAUCGAUGACGGUUAGAUAUUUUUCUAUUACACAUUAAAUGAUUUUAUCCUUCAUUCAGUGCCCAUGCUUGCCUCAAUGCGAACACGAUUUUAACAUUUAUGUAUGAAUAUCACAAUAUAUAUAAACGAUAUCAUUGAGACUGUUUGUAAAGCAAACAAAUAUAAUACUAAAGCCUGUCCAAACAUUCCAAAGGCUCAAAUAACUUAAUCAAUUUACGAUGACAAUAACUAACUUCUGGUAAGUUGUACAUUUAUGUGAACUUUAUAUUAUACAACAUUUUUGUACGUACUGUAUUUUAUGCAAAUGUCGACGUGUAAAAUAGCAUAUUAAUUUUUAAUGAAAUUUGUCAUUUUUGUUUUUCAAUAAAUACAGAGAAUGAAUUUUA